GUCUUUGAGGGACAGCGCAACAUACAGAUUCAUGGCUGAGCUUAAUGUCCUGGCAUAAACAAAUGGCAACCGAAUGUCCUUUCUCCAAAGAGGAUGUGCGAUGUCCUAUAUGCGGUGACAUUUAUACCUUCCCUGUUACACUGUCGUGUCAACAUAACUUCUGCAAAGCCUGCAUUCAGGCACACUGGGAAAGGAAACAAUCACAAGAGUGCUCAGUAUGUCACCGCAGAGCGAGCACAAGAAGACCCCCAGUCAACCUGGCUCUUAAAAUAGCAUCGGAUACCUUCAAAAAUCAAGCAAACCGGAACUUGGUGAAAUACGACCUCUGCUUAAUACACAAGGAGGAGCUGAAGCUUUUCUGCCAUAAAGAUGGGAAAACAAUCUGUACUGUUUGCCACUCAUCAAGGGACCAUAAAGACCAUGAAUGUUGUCCUAUUGCAGAGGCAGCAGCUGACAGAAAGAAAGAGCUUUCAAAAAAGUAUGACGCUUUGAAAAAACAUCUAAACAGUAUCAAAAAGAUGAAGGGAACAUUGGAGGAACUUCAAGGAUUUAUAGAGAUCCAGUCUGCUGACGCUAAAGCUCAAAUGAAAGAGGAAUUUGAGAUGCUCCACAGGUUUCUGAGGGAAGAGGAGGCUGCCCGGCUGAUGGUGCUAAAAGAGGAGACCACCAAGAAGACUCAGGCAGUCAGGAAGAGGCUGGAGGACAUCACUCAAACGUUUGAAGAACUCUCAGAGAUCUUAGAUGACAUUGCACAUACCAUGAAAAAGGAUGAUAUCUCAUUUCUGAAGGACUGCAAGGAAGCAAUAAGAAGGGCUUGUUACCCAACACAGGAAAUGCAGUACACAAAUGAUGUUCUCAUAGACACGGCCCAGUACCUGGGAUCAUUAAGAUUUGGGGUUUGGAAGAGAAUGGAAGAAGUAGUGAAGCACUGUCCUGUUACUCUUGAUCCCACCACUGCCCAUCCUAACCUGAUCCUCAGUGAUGAACUCUCAAGUGUCUGUUAUGGAAAGAAGCAGCAACUUCCGGACAACCAUGAGCGCUGUUCUAGCCGCAUGGCGGUGCUGGGUUCUACCGGCUUCACGUCAGGAAAGCACUGCUGGGACGUGGAGGUGGGGGAAAGCCGGGAGUGGUACAUCGGAGUGGCACGACAAUCCAUCAAAAGGAAGACAAGUGUCUUUCUCAACCCUUCAGAAGGGUUCUGGGUCAUUGGACUAAACAACGGGGACUCAUACUGGGCUCAGACUUCUCCUCGUUUCCGCCUAGCACUGAAGAAGAAGCCACAGAGGAUUACUGUGGAACUAGACUAUGAGAAGGGGAAGGUCACGUUUUCAAACGCUGCAGAUGGAAGCAUGAUCCAUGCUUUCAAAGACAGGUUUACCGAAAAGAUGUUUCCUUACUUUGCCCCAGGGAUUCAUGUGGAUGGUCAGUAUCCGUUAAAGAUCUGUCCUCUAAAGGUAUCCAUAAUGCUCCAACAAGAUGUACAACACAGUUAAAGCUGAAAAAGAACAGUGAUAUGAUGUUGGUCUUCUACUCAGUAUGAUCAAUUGUACCACAAACAAAAACAGCAUCAUAAAUUUCACAUCAUGUAAACCAUGCAAGGACAUCCAAGGCACUGACACUCACACGUAACACAGACCAGACACAUCUGAAUUUGAUCUGUUGUCAUCUGUGUUAUGCACGAAUGCCCUUGUCUUGAAGGCCAUGAUGUCUCAUGUUAAUGAAAACUAAACGGCCACUGCAACCCCUUUUCAGUGAAUUUCAGUUCUGGUUCGUCUUGCGUCUUUUGGACCAGUACUUUAAUGUAAUUGUACAGCUGCUCUUUUUAAGAACUCUUAAGAUCUUAAAAAGAUCUUAGAACUCUUUUCUAACCCUGUAUGUUCAUUGUUCUGUUUUAGUGCCACCUAAUAAUGUUACACACACUAUUUAAUGUUCAUCCAUACAAAGUAACACAUGCUCAACAUCAAUUUGUAUGGAGCAAUUCCAUCGCAAAAGAACGUUUCAAACGAUGGUUCUUUAAAGAACCCUUUUGGUUCCACAAAGAACUCUUAAUGUUAGCUCUUCUGCUCAGCUCCUGCAGAAAAGAAGAAUUUGUACGCAUCUCUAACUUUGAUACAUCUUAUAAACUGAAACAAGU